AUUAUAAAUCAUAUGAUGGAUGUCCAUAAUCGGUCCAGUCCAUAACCGGCCCAAUACCUAGAGAGAGAGAGGCGGCCGCAGCAGGAGAGAGAGAGACGGUUUACCUAGUUAGAGAAAAGGAAACCCUAUUUUAUUUUUAUUUAUAUUUGUUUACUUUCCAUAUUUAUGUCUUUCCCUUUAUCUCUUUGUAACUCUCAUAUAUAAGGGCACUUUAUAAUUGAGUAAUAAAAUAAGAAUUUACAGAUUCCAAUCUCUUAGGAUUACAACAAUUCUCUUCUUUUUUUCUUUUUUUGAACAACACAAUAAUAUGCUAUUAAUUUUAUCAAAUACUAGGUGGAAGGUAGAGGCUUUAAGUGUCUAGUGUUGAUGCGAGCAUAGGAAGAAGCAAGAAGAACGUGGUGAUUGGAACCGAAUGGUUCAUGUGUACUCGAGUGGUGUGUAAUGCAAAUCAAGAUUAUUUUCUGUUCAAACCGUCACUGUAUCGAUGAGAUAUUGCUUUUUGAUGAUAUAUACAUCUGCUCUCUAAGUUCGAUUAUUGCACUGAUUGAUGGAAUCUCAACACAACAUUUAGAGAAGUAACUUAUGGCAUCUCCAACAAUGACACCAAAUUUGGUUGAAAUUACACCAAAUUUGGUGUUUUGGUGUCAAUUUUUUUUUGUCAUCUCCAACAAUAACACCGAAUCUUACACCAAAAACAAUAUUAUAUAUUAUUUGAUGUUUUCAUUUUUAAAACCUUUAUAUUUCUAUUAUUUGUAAUUGAUAAAUAAUAAUUAUGUUACAUCUAGAUUAUAUUUAUAUUUUAUUAUUUGUAAGUGAUAAAUAGUAAUAGUUAUUUACUAAUUUAUGAAUAUAAUAAUAAAAUUAAAAUUUUAAUUAUAUGAAAAUAAAUUAAAAAUGCAAAUAAUAUUAUAUUAUUUAUGUUUAAUUACAAAUUUUAUAGUAAUUGAUCUAUACUAUUAAAUGAAACAUAUUAAAAUGUAUUUUAGAAAUUUUGUGUGAUGAAUAUUAUUACACCAAAUGUGAAAAAUUUUAAAAUAAAAAUAAUACAAUAUAUUUAUGUUUAAUUACAAAUUUGAUAGUAAUUAAGCUAUAUUUUUAAAUGAAACAUGUUAAAAUAUGUAUUAUAAAGAUUUGGUGUGAUGAAUAGUAUUACACCAAAUUUAGUGUAACACUAUUCACAUUACACCAAAUUUGGUGGGAUAGUGUCAAAUUUGGUGUCUUGUUGAAGAUGAAAUCCCACUAAAUUUGGUGUUUUGGUGUCUUGUUGUAGAUGGCCAUAGGAAAAUAUUAGCUGAAGCAGAAGAGAAAGUUCGUAUUAUGGGAAGAACAUGCGUUUUUGGUCAUUUGAUUAUUAAUACUGUUUUACGUUUUACGUUUCCUUCUCUCUUUUUCAGUAUGUUAUUGCUAGUUUAAAGUUGAUAGUUAUUAAUCAGUUUGCUCAAACACUAAAAGGCUUCAACACUACUAAUUAUACAAGCUACCUAUAUAGUACAUACCUCGUAUGUCGUAUUCAUAGAGAUUACUUCCGAAAUGCACGGUUUUAAUUCUGAACACUAUACAUAGAACGCAAUAAGAUGUUUUUUAAUCAAAAAUUUUAUAACUUAACUUUAUAAGAUCUUGUGAUAUUAUUAGGAUAAUGGCUGAUAAUUUGAUAAAUAAAAACUUCAGUGUUAAACAGUCAAAGAAGUUGUAGUAUAGUGGUAAAUAUUUCGCCUGUCACUCGGGUGAUCCGGGCUCAAUCUUUGGCAGUGGCGAUAAAUUUAACAAUUUUUUAGUUCUUAUAAAAGCAUUUUAAUAUCCUCGGUGUUGAUUCUGAUGGCAAUCGAAACAGAAAACAUAGUUCCACGUAAUUUAUCAGCCCAAUAAUGAUAAGCCCAUACGAGACUUUUAGUAUUUUCUAUUUUAUAUUCCAGCUAAGAUUUUUAAAAUAACAAGUGAUAAUAAUCAUAAUAUAGAAGCAUGAUGAUGUAAUAGAGCUAAGAGUAAAUACCAAAACAAUGGUCUUCGAUUUUCAAACUUUUCAAACCAUAAAACACAACAAAUAUUUGGUGUCCUAACUUUCUGUAUAUUAUGUAAUAAAAAAAUUUAAAAUUUGGGAACAUGUUGACCAUGAAGAAAGCUUUUUGUUUGUUAAACAACCCAGUUCUAAACCGAACACAUAAAGGUUGCUUCUCCUACCUUCUUAACCAGUCAGAAGAGUUAUCUAUAUAAACUCUUCUUUGUCAAAGAACACCAAAACACACAAAAGUCAGAACUUCGGAAACCAUUUCAUGACAAUGAACAAAACUAGUGUCUUCGUCCCUUUCUUCAUAUUGUUCUUCUUUGGAUCAAGAAGAGUAGUUACUGCAGGAGAUCAAAACGCCUUAGCCGCGUCCUUCGUUUUUGGCGAUUCGCUAGUGGACGCAGGGAACAACAAUUACUUGCAAACACUGUCUAGAGCCAAUAGUCCUCCUAAUGGAAUCGAUUUCAAACCAUCUCGUGGGAAUCCAACCGGCCGGUUUACUAACGGUCGCACUAUAGCUGACAUCGUUGGAGAAAAGCUAGGGCAACCAAAUUAUGCAGUUCCAUAUCUAGCACCAAAUGCAAAUGGUGAAGCAUUGUUAAAUGGUGUGAAUUACGCAUCAGGUGGUGGUGGAAUUCUCAAUGCUACUGGAAGUGUAUUUGUUAAUCGGUUAGGAAUGGAUAUACAAGUUGAUUACUUUAGUAUUACAAGGAAGCAAUUUGAUAAGCUUUUGGGUGAAGAUAAGGCCAGAGAUUACAUAAAGAAAUCUUUAUUCUCCAUAGUAAUUGGCUCAAACGAUUUUCUCAACAACUAUUUAGUCCCUUUUGUUGCGGCUCAAGCUAGAUUAACACAAACUCCUGAAGCUUUUGUUGAGGACAUGAUUAGCCAUCUUCGUGAUCAACUCAAGAGAUUAUAUGCAUUGGACGCUCGUAAAUUUGUGGUCGGGAAUGUAGCUCCAAUCGGAUGUAUACCGUACCAGAAAUCAAUCAAUCAGCUAAAGGAUAAACAAUGUGUUGAUUUGGCAAACAAGUUGGCUCUUCAGUACAAUGCUCGUCUCAAAGAUCUCUUGAUGGUGGAACUGAAAGAUAGUCUUAAAGACGCACACUUCGUGUAUGCAAACGUCUAUGAUCUAGUUAUGGACCUUAUUGUCAACUACAAAGAAUACGGGUUUAAGACAUCGAGUGAGGCGUGCUGUGGGACGGGAGGGAGAUUGGCCGGGAUAUUGCCAUGUGGACCAACCUCAAGCCUUUGUACGGACCGGUCAAAGCAUGUGUUUUGGGACCCGUACCAUCCUAGCGAAGCUGCUAAUCUCAUCAUCGCUGACAAAUUACUCAACGGAGACUCCAAAUACGUUACUCCCUUUAAUCUCCUCCACCUUCGUGACCUUUAAUAAUCUCUUUUUAUACAAAUAUUUUUCUUGCCAAAAUUUGUAAUUUCUGUUCUGAGAAUGUGAGAUUUAUUCCUUGUUUCUAUUUGUUUCUUUGGUUAUAUUACCCCUAAAAACAUGAUAUAGUCGUUUUCAUUUACGUUUUGCUGAUUUUAAAAGUGUAGCCAUUCUAGGCCGUAGUUCAAUUUUCAUGUGGUUUGAUUUCAUGUAUGUUCAAGUGCAGUACAACCAAUUGAUGCUA